AUGAUGCACACCAAGACUGACUCCGAGGUAACAAGCCUCGCAGCUUCAUCGCCGACUAGAUCUCCCCGUCGUCCAGCAUACUUCGUCCAAUCACCGUCGCGUGACUCCCACGAUGGAGAAAAGACAGCAACAUCUUUCCACUCCACGCCGGUGCUCAGCCCGAUGGGAUCUCCUCCGCAUUCUCACUCCUCCUCGAGCCGCUUCUCCAAGAUCAACGGCUCUAAGAGAAAGACUCACGCCGGAGACAAGAAGUUCGCCAUGAUCGAAGAAGAAGGUUUGCUCUAUGAUGGAGAUAGAGAAGAAGAAGGUUUGCCUCGCCGAUGCUAUGUCUUAGCCUUCAUCGUUGGAUUCUCUCUUCUCUUUGCUUUCUUCUCUUUGAUUCUUUACGCAGCUGCUAAACCUCAGAAGCCUAAGAUCUCAGUCAAGAGCAUAACGUUUGAGCAACUUAAGGUCCAAGCAGGACAAGAUGCGGGAGGAAUAGGAACCGAUAUGAUCACGAUGAACGCGACGUUGAGAAUGGUGUAUAGAAACACAGGCACUUUCUUUGGUGUUCAUGUGACUUCUUCUCCGAUUGAUCUUAGUUUCUCUCAGAUCACAGUCGGUUCUGGAACUAUUAAAAAGUUUUAUCAGUCGAGGAAAAGCCAAAGAACAGUGAUAGUGAAUGUGAUUGGAGACAAGACUCCUCUAUACGGAAGUGGUUCUACCUUAGUCCCACCACCACCUCCUGCACCAAUUCCACUAAAAAGCAGCAAGAAGAAGAAAGGACCCAUCGUGAUCGUCGAUCCACCAGCACCUCCUGCUCCGGUGCCGAUGAGGUUAAACUUCACCGUUAGAUCUCGAGCUUACGUGUUAGGGAAGUUAGUUCAGCCAAAAUUCUACAAGAGAAUCGUGUGUUUGAUUAACUUCGAACACAAGAAACUCAGUAAACACAUCCUUCUCACGAAUAAUUGCACCGUCACUACCAUUUGA